CCUCAAACUUUCUUUCAGAUAUGAACCUACACACAAAAUAACUCGUUAUCACCCGUUUUAUUUUAGUUUAUUUUUCUCAAUAUUUCUGUCAGGUUUUACACGCAAUCGACCCACACAGGACAAGUCCUCGGUCUCUGUGAAACCCUUUCCUCUCGACGCUGUUUUCAAAUCGAGAGCAGUGCAGAGCAGCGCGGCUAAAUAACGGUCGCUUAGAAUGUUGACUCUUUCAAAUUUUCGAGGGGGAAAAUAAAUUCCAAACUGCAACGGACAAGCAAACGGCUGUUUGUUUUCUUUCUAAUAUAUAUAUAUUUUUAAUUUCUUCUUAAUAUCCUCUUCUCACGUAUAUUUUCCCCACAGACUACUACUAGAGAAAUAAUCUCCGUUUCGCGUUUUUUUUUUUACCCCCUCAAUUUCUACACUUUAUUAUUAUUAUUAUUAUUAUUAUUAUUAUUAUUAUUACAUUUCUUUUUCAAAUUCGUGAUACUCUUCUGAGGCGCUGCAGGGUUUUAUUUUUAAUUAUUAUUGUUAUUUUUUUUAUUAUUAUUAAAACCGCGGGAGUGGCGACACAUUUGCCACAGCAAUGCCUGGCUGACAAGCGAAGACAAACUGAGUAGGACGAGGAGAGACACCGAGACACAGCUGCAUAGCAAUUGCACGGGAGGAGGAUGCUACACGGAGACGGCUGCUGGAUGCAAACGGCGGCUCACGGGUUGAGGAUAAAAACUGUUGUCCCCGUCACUGUUAAAAACUAAACUCAUCGCUUCUGCUGUAAGAGAGACGGACAGCCUCAAAAUACUGUUUUUUUUUUUAACCCCAUGCUGUUUUUUUAAAACGCUCCUUGGGUUUUUCUUUUGUUUUGUUUUUUUAUCGGGAGGGAUCUACUGAAGACUACUGAAACAAAAAACUCCGGACGGACGCACCUUUUUUUAAUGGAGACUCUGGAAUCUUAAAAAAAGAGAAAAGACAUCUUUUAAAUUUGAAAGGAGAGGGGGAAAAAAAAAUAAUCUUCGUUUUUUUUUUUUUUUCCUGGUUUUCUACACCAGCGCUCACACCAACAAGUUUGAAAACAUUCAGAUUCCGUCGAAGAAGCCAAACUGGAUAGCAGUCAAACAGAAGAAAGAGAGAGAGAGAGAGAGAGGACAAAGUGGGGCUCAACUACCUGCCUUGAACGCAGAAAGGCAGACAGAAGGAUAAUGCUGUAGAGGCAGGAAAUAACCAAAAAAAAAAAAACCUAGAAGACUCCGCCAUCGCAUUUGCUUGACUCGCUUCCCUAUUCCUGAACCCCCUCAAAAAAAGAAAUGUCUCUGAAAAUCUCCGCUCUCCUCUGCCUGGCUCUGCUGCUCCAAACCCUGCCCCGUUCCAGGGGGGACUGCUGGCUCAUCGAGGGCGACAAGGGCUACGUCUGGCUGGCCAUCUGCAGCCAAAACCAGCCGCCAUACGAGACCAUCCCCCAGCACAUCAACAGCACGGUCCACGACCUCCGGCUGGACUCCAACAAGCUCAAGGCGGUCUACUUCAACUCCCUGAGCCGCUUCGGCAACCUCACCGACCUCAACCUCACCAAGAACGAGAUCUCCUACAUCGAAGAGGGGGCUUUCUCCGGGCAGCUGAACCUGCAGGUCCUCCAGCUGGGCUACAACAAGCUGACCAACCUGACCGAGGCCAUGCUGAGAGGCCUGGGGCGCCUGCAGUACCUCUUUGUCCAGCACAACCUCCUCGAGGCUGUCUCCCCCAGCGCCUUCUGGGAGUGCCCUAACCUGAUCACCCUGGACCUCUCCUCCAACAGGCUGGCCAGGCUGGACCCCUCCGCCUUCGCGGGGCUCGGCCGCCUCAUGGUCUGCGAGCUGGCCGGGAACCCCUUCCACUGCGAGUGCCAGCUGUACGGCUUCCUCGCCUGGCUGGAGUCCUUCAACAACAUGACCCGCAAUUACGAUCGGCUCCAGUGCGAGUCGCCCCGGGAGUUCGCCGGUUACCCCCUCCUGAGCCCCCGUUCGGGGGGUCGCAACGCCAUGACCAUCCUGGGGGCCAUCUGUAAGGAUGGCUUCCCGGCGCCGGGGGUCCCCACUCUCUCUUCGGACGACAGGAUGGGGGUCUACGAGACGUCCGGAGGAGGGGGCGGGAUGGAGGAUCUGGACUUCCUGGAGCCGACGGCACUGUCGGGCUCCGACCCGUCCUUCAGCCCCAGCAUCCGGCUCCAGCAGGUCACCUUCACCAUGGCAACGCUGGUGGUCAAGAUCCCUUCCCCCUUCAGCAAGAUGUACAUCCUGGUCCAGUACAACAGCACCUACGUCUCGGACGUCAUGAACCUCCGCAACAGGAAGGAGGUCAUCAUCCUGGACAAGCUCAAACCGCGCACCGACUACACCUUCUGCGUGGCGUCCAUCCGAAACUCCCAGAGGUACAACCACACCUGCCUCUCCUUCACCACCCGGGACCGCAGCCCAGACGACCGGCUCCACAGCGCCUCCACCACCACCCACUACAUCAUGACCAUCCUGGGCUGCCUGUUCGGGAUGGUCCUCAUCCUGGGGCUGGUUUACUACUGCCUGCGCAAGAGACGCCUGCAGGAGGAGAAGCAGAAAUCCAUCAGCGUCAAGAAGACCAUCCUGGAGAUGAGGUACGGGCCGGAAGCGGCCGCUAGCGUCAUCUCCAACCAGGCCAGCUCUAUAGUCCAGAAGCUGAACCAGCACCACCAGCACCACCAGCCCAAGCUGGCUUCCCCAGCCGUCUCCCGCUUGUCUUCCAUCCCGCAGGCUGAGAAGAUGGCAGCGACGUUCUCCGAGGCUUUGUCCGCCGCUAAGGGCAACUACAUGGACGUCCGGACGGAGAACUUGGAAGGCCUGCCGGUCAAGGAGAAGGAGGCUCUCGAUUCCCAAGGCAGGGACGGGAGUUUGGAAAACGGGGAGGAUUCGGACGAGGAUCAGGGUUCGGCUUCGGAGAUCUCCACCAUCGCCAAGGAGGUCGACAAAGUCAACCAGAUCAUCAACAACUGCAUCGACGCCCUCAAGCUGGACACGGCCCAGUGCGGGCUCACCUCCACCCCUUCCAAAAAUGCCCCCGUAAUGCUGCCCCCUCCCGCCCCGCUGGGGCUGCCGGAGAGAGCCGGGAUCGGAGGCGGGGGGUUCCUCUCCCCUCCUUGCCGAGAAGCCAGCCGGCCGCUGCAGAGGCAGCUGUCUGCGGACGCCGCGGUGGUGGGGUGGAAUCGAUGCAGCGUCUCGUCUGGCGGCUCCACCAAAAGCGCCAGAGUCUUCAGCCUGGAGAUCCCGGAGCGCAGCCCCGAAUCCAAAGGCAGCCCGACCGGGGAACCCGUCGAAAGGAUCCCCCUGAUGGGAGCGUCUUCCGGAGGGGGGCAGCACUUGGAGGUGCGCCCGGCCUUCCACUGCUCCGAACAUCGCCACUCCUUCCCCGCGCUCUUCUACGAAGCGCCCGCCGACUCCCCCGCACAAAGACCCUCCUUCCUGAAGCCCCUGAGCCGCUCCAGGAGAGACGCUGCCUCCUACUCCCAGCUCUCCCCCUCCUCCCGGCACAACUACUCCGGCUACUCGUCCAGCCCCGAGUACUCCUCCGAGAGCACCCUGAAAAUCUGGGAGAGGUUCCGCCCGUACCGGAAGAGCCCGAAGGAAGAGGCGGCCAGCUACGUGACAGCCGGACACGCGCUGCGGAAGAAGGUCCAGUUCGCCAAAGACGAGGACCUCCACGACAUCCUGGAUUACUGGAAGGGAGUGUCAGCACAGCAGAAUCUGUGACCCUUAUGAGAGGCGAGCCGAAAGGGGGCGGAGGGGGGGGGGG